AUGAGGAGAUAUAUGGGGAUUUGCGGCUCGCCCUUGCUGCGGGCUGCUGCUGCCUUCAUCUUUGCGUUGGCUUGCGUCGCUCGCUCGGCGUCAGGGGCUUACUUUUAUGUGCAAGAGUCUCAAGAUAAAUGCUUCAUAGAGAGCGUGCCGACGGGUGUUGCGCUAACAGCUUCGUACAAGAAUCACGAGAACCCCGGCGUAACAUGCAGCAUUAUCUUUAAGGAUCCCAGUGGCCGCAGCGCUUACAGCAGAGAAGUGCUGCCGGCAGAUGUGGAGGGGAAGGUCACACACAUGACAACGACAACGGGGGAGUAUCAGGUUUGCAUUUCUUGUGCCUCUUCAAAAUGGUUCAAUACUCAGCUGCUCAAGUGGUCCCUCUCCAUUGAGCUGGGGGACACCGAUAUCAACAUCGAUGACCUUGCGAAGAAGGAUCAUGUGAACAGUGUCCAUCUGAAGCUGCAAGCCAUUGCCCGGCGGGUGGAAGCAAUGCAGGCAGAGAACGACUACGAGCGUGUGCAGGUGUAUCAUUUGGAAUGA